UGAUUGGGAAAUUGACUGACGUUUACCGGCUGACUGCUUGGAGGAAAUCCGUUUCCAGAAUUCAAGGGCCAGGAGAGCCUCUCCGCCUACUUUCACGGACAGACACGAAGCAGGCUAAAUAAAAGCAUAGUAAUCAUUAUUUCGGCUUGUUGGACGAAUAAACAAGCAUUUUGAAGAUGGUUUGUGGAGGAUUUACAUGUUCAAAAAAUGCUCUUUGUUCCCUUAACGUGGUGUACAUGCUGGUGGGGCUGCUGCUCAUUGGCGUGGCAGCCUGGGGAAAGGGCUUCGGGAUCGUCUCCAGCAUCCACAUCAUUGGCGGGGUGAUCGCAGUGGGCGUCUUCCUGCUCCUCAUUUCCAUCGUGGGCCUCAUCGGCGCUUUCAACCACCACCAAGUCAUGCUCUUCUUUUAUAUGGUCAUUCUCUUCCUGGUGUUCCUCUUCCAGUUCGGAGUGUCCUGCUCUUGUCUGGCUUUGAACCGGGACCAACAGGAGAAGCUGCUGAACACCUCAUGGAACCUGAUGGGCGAUAACACCAAGAAGAGUCUGGAACAUCAGCUGGACUGCUGUGGUCUGGUGAACCGCACAGAUAGCCAGGAGCAGUUCACAGCCGACGCCGCGGGUUGCAAUGCACUGUGUAAAAGCAGUGGGACGUGUUCUACCUGUGGGGACCGGAUGCUCCAGCACUCUGGCGAUGCGCUGAAGAUCCUGGGGGGCGUCGGGCUGUUCUUCAGUUUCACCGAGAUCCUGGGCGUGUGGCUGGCUGUACGCUACCGGAACCAGAAAGACCCCCGAGCCAAUCCCAGCGCUUUUCUAUAGAAACAUGCACUGGGAAUAUGGGGGGGGGGGGGAAACCACACACACAUACCAUAAAUGCACAAAUGUAUAACAAGCAACCCAUAGACACGCAGACACUCAUUGAUAUGGCCACAUUGAGACACAUUUGCACAAACUUCAUCUGACACAUGGAGACAAAUGCCAAACGCACCAAUGGAUAUACAAUCCACAGCUUCUUUUGCCCAUUUGGUACUGAGCCCUAUCUACACUGUACACGUGAGCCAUGUAUGCGUAUAUGUAACGUAUGACACGCAUGUAAAACCCGACGUGUGUGUUUAUAAAACCUACUCCGUACAAAACAACCUUGGCCUUUGCAAGCAAAGCCUUGAAAAUGCACACGCAGGCUCCACAAAGGCUGUCUGCACAGCAGUCCUAAAGCGCUACUUUCCUCACGUAUGAUUGGAUGGUCGUCUGCAUUUCUGCCUUUCUGAACACUACCAUUGGCUUGCUUUGCUCAUGCCCCCUUCAUCCACCUUACUGCCAUCCUUGAUGUGAGCACAGUACAGGCAGAAUAGCCAACUCACAGUGCAGCAGACCUUUAUUAUUUUCUUUUAUUAUUCCUUCUUUUUGGGAUAAGAAAGGAUUUUGCUGUCCCAGAACUGCACAAUUCCCACCGUACUGCAGUCCUCUGCCAUAGACCCACUCCUGUGCGUUUCAUCAUCCCCAUCGCUUAAAUGCUUUCUUCUGGACCCCUUUUCGGACAAGAUCGAGGACCGGUCAUUUUGAUGCACUGACCUCACACAAAAUCACUCACAAGGAAUACAGUUUUUAUUUAUGUAUAUGUUUGUGUAUAUACCUGAAGUUCGUACGCUUGGCAUGCAAAGGAAAAUCUUUGUGUUAUGUCUUGCCACGUUCCAAAUCUGGCCAAGUUGCAAGAAUGACAUGGUCGCCAUGGAUAUGUUUAUUUUUCAGCACAGUGGGAAGGACUGGGGGAUAGAGAGUGGCCAAAUCCUCUCUUCCUCUGGCCUGAUGGUCACACGGAGAGACCCGUGGCUAACACGGUCUACAGGGAAGAACUGAACUGAACUGAGCCGUUCCCUCGGCAACAGCCACACGCAUCUAUCACGUGCCGCUCGAAAUGGGUAGUCUGGACACGUUAAACUUACCAUUUCAUCGCACUCUGUUCAAGUAGCUCACUCCCUCUUUUCUGAGGGGCUCUUUUUGUUUGUUAGAUUUUUUUAAAUUUGCUGAAUUAGACAAAGUGCAAAAACCCUCUACAAUGUAAACAACCUGAUUAGCUCACAUUUAACCCACAGGGAGUACUUGCCUGUACCAAAAUGAGAAUUGAAUAUAGGAUACAGUACGAAGAACAGUCCUUUUUGCUCAUUAGACGCGUAAUGCGUAAGGGGCUUAAAACUCUUGUUCUUAGUUCUGUUAUAAUCCCUGCGUAGAGGUGGAAUACAAUUAAUGUUGCCUUCUGUUUACUGGAAGAGGCAUGCUUGAAUGCUUUUCACGAAAGUAGGAUCCUAUUAUAACCCGACUUGGAAUUAGUUUUAUUUUGCUGCUGUUGUACGAAUGCAGCUUCGGUCUUCAAUAUGGUGUUUUUUUUAUGUUAAUUAGAUUAUAGGAUGAAGUGGUCCUUUAUCUGAGCCUGAUGAAUCGAAACGUUUAGCUGGGUAUUGGUUUAAUAGUUCUGCUGGUCUGCAUUCCGAAGCGAUAUGUCUUUCCCCGUGCAGUUAGGCCCAAACAGUAGAUCAUAGUUUCAUGUUUUCCUCUUCUCAGCUCACUGGGCGCUUCGACGAGCGUUGGAAAUGACCAGAACAAUCCCAGUUCCCUCUCCUUUCCUGCUCUAUUGUACAGUAUCUUCAAAUAACUUCUCUCAGAUUCUGCAUUCUCACAAGCCUCAUGACAAACUCCUCAAAUGUACAUUUUAAAAUUAAGUGUAAUCAUUUCAAUGAUUUUACAGCAAUUAGAACAUUAGCUAGUUAUGUAGGAAUUUGUCCUACAGUUGGUUGGUUGCCAAAAGACAAUAACAUUUGUUAACAGGAAGUGGGGUUCUCCAAACCCCUGCAGUUCGCACUGAACAGCUAGGUUGGAUCCUAGUUGGAUUCUUAAAGAAAACAACUUGAUGUACUUUUUUUCUUACUGUUAUUAAUAGUCAUUGUUAUUUUUGCCAAAUGUGUAAUUUGAGUGUUCUUAUUAACGUCAGUGUUUUUUUUGUUUUGUUUUUUUUUAAUGGCACUUUUGUUUCUGAAGUUUUUGGUACUGCAGAAGAAUAUUGCCAGAUUGGGAAAAAUAGCAGCUCUGGUCCAGUUGCAGCAAGCUGAUUAGCAUGGCGGUAUUUGGUUGGUAAGCAACCAUUUUCUUAUUUAACACACACCUUGUAUCCCAAUGCGAGUGAAAAUGUGUUUGUAUGUACAUUAUAUUAUGUAACAAAUGGAUAUUUGCUUUUAUUUUACUGUGGGGAGACUUAAUUUCAGUGCUUUUGGAUUGCUAUCAAGAUUGGAAAUCAAGUGUGUAUGCAAUAUUCAGUAAUGUAACUGCUGCAGAAAAACUGGUGUUUUGUAGAGUGUCAAACUGUUGCCAGGUUGCCUUUUAGGAACCCGUUUGCUUUUGAACAGCCUUUCCAGUUCACGUUGUCUGGACAUAAACCAGAUGUCACGCCAAAUGUAAAAUCUGAAAUCAGUUGACUGCAGUUAGGCUGGCAUACAGAUAUUGGGCAAUCCUGUUAAAUACUGGGCUGCAUGUAACAAUCGCAUGGUACUUGUCACGGCGCUCAUUAGAAGUGUGAAAUCAGCUAAUGGUUGCAGCUGGGCCAUUGUAUUGUAAUUAUUUUUUUAAAUACUGUCCACAAUUUACAGCUUGUUUUCUUGGCAGAGAUUGCUAUCUUCAGCCUUCACUGUCACAUCCAGCAACUGCAGUGAUGUAGCAUACGAGAGACCUGGGAUGCAUUCAGAUGCCCGCAUUGUUUCAGAGGGCAGUCAGAGACGAGGUCUAUAGCUUGAGAUUUCCAAGCGUGUUUGAUCAUCUCUGGACUCCACCUCCCAUCAGCCCCCCUUUAACAAAAUGGGUUCUGUGAUGCGUUGCCAUCCUAAUCAAUCUCAGGUUUUGAUUAUGUCCACCUUUAACUGGAAAUACAUACUCAUCAGAAAGGGACAGUAGUAGCAAGUCAUUAGGUGUUUAUUUGUAAUUUAUUGGACUGGAGGUACUGGGCUGUUGGAUGUGUGAACGUGUGGCAGGAGGAGUUGAGUGAUGGCAGGUAAUUCCCCUCCUUCCUUAUCUUGUACUUUUUUUUUUUUAUGUUAAACCCGUUUGGGCACACUGUACUCGUUUUCCUGCUGAACUUAAAUAUUUUUCCCCUAUUAAAACAUGUCAAGAUCCAAAA